CCUAAUAACCAAUAGAAUGCGGUUUUAUUUCUUCCAAUCAAAGUGCGUUGUGAACGUGUCUUCUGCGUGUCACUUCCCAACUAGGGGAGGGAUGCAAUGCAAAAUUGUGAGACUAUCGUUAAGUUUUCCGCGCUCGAAGGUUGAGAAUUUCAUGGGCUAUUCUUGUUUCAUGGGCUUAUCCUUGAUGCCUUUUGGGACACUUCGGAUUGUUGAAAGAUUAAUAUUCUUGUUGCGUUUUUAAGCGCGAAGUAUCAGUGAAAUUUUCUUCGAUACGUUGGAAAGGUUAGGAAGACGAGAAUUUGACAUUGCCUCGUAGCUUCCCUUAUUGGUUUGGAGUGUGCUGGUGAUCGAAGUUGUGCUUUUUUGUCGGAACUACUAAAGGAAGGCAUGGAUGAGAACCAGCAGCAAAGCAAAGAAAACAAAAGUGCUGAUGAGGUGCCACUUGAGUCUGUAAAUGGAAAGAAAACACUGAAAAAUGACGAUUGUAGCUUCAAUGGAUGCCAGAAAUAUUUUUAUGAAAAACUGGCAGAUACAGUUUUGUAUUGUACUCCAGGAUAUACAUCUUUCCCAAAAGAUGGUAUUUCUUCAGAGAAGAAUGAAAACUUAAAUGCUUUCUUUAAUCAGUAUAAAAGACGAUUUUUUGAACGACGUAGCCUGAAAAGACCAGUCUACACACUAAAACUUGACCAAGAAGGUAAGAUUGUCCGUGACAAAAAUGGCAUCCUUGUUGUUUUGGUCAACAGUUAUGUUCAAGGAGAGCUUAAGACUACAAAGCAACUUCUCUACAGAGAGGCUGUAGAUGGUGUAUUAAGCAGUUUACACUACAUUAAAGGUGUCCUUGGAGAGGAUACUUGCCUCCCUGGAGGGGUGAAUGCCUUGAGUAGGCUAUUCAAUCAAAAAUAUGUAUUUAAGGGUAUUUUCAACCUUAUUAGGGCCUUCUUGGCUCGAUGCUCAACAUGUCAGGUCAACAACCCCUUGCCAAUGCGAGUGCUUCCCCCUCCUGUCCCCAUUAGAUCUUUUCGCCCCCAUUCCAGACUACAGUGUGACCUUAUUGACAUGGCCCCAAAGAAGCACCGUAGUUUUAUGCAGAAUAAUUGUUGGAGCUACCGUUACAUUCUAACAGUCAAGUGCUGUUUCUCGAAGUUUUGUUGGCUGUUCCCGUUAAAAACAAAGUCUGCAGAAGAAGUGUAUGCCGUUCUGAAGGCCUUGUUCAUCAAGGAAGGGUCACCUACUGUAAUUCAGUCAGAUAAUGGUGGUGAAUUCAUUGGAGAGGUAGUGCAAAAACUUUGCAAAGAAUUUGAAGUUUGCAUGGUUCAUGGUAGGCCACACCACCCACAGUCUCAAGGCCAGAUAGAAAAUCUCAACAAGCAAGUCAAAAGGUUACUUGCAAGGUUUUUACAACAGUUGCCUAGAGAUCUUCAGGCCAAUGUCUGGCCUUUACUACUCUCUGCUAUUGCAGACCUUUUGAAUUGA